AUGGCAGACAACCAGACCUACGAUUCCAAGGGGGUGUGUGAAAAAAUUUACAAUGCAUUGACUGUAUGUCCUGCUCUUAGAAAAAUUCGUAGCAUUUCACAGUCCCAGCAGAGCUCUGUACCUGCCGCUGGCAAUGCUCCAACUUGGUCACUACCAACCUCUGAUCACACUGCUAGAGCCCCUAUGUCCCAGACCAAACCAGUUGUCCUGCAAACACCACCAAGUUUUUCAGGUGAAGUGAUUAUUCCCAUUGAGUUUGAUCCAUCUGUUAGGUCAUCUCUAUCAAGUAAACAGCAAAAGAAGGCAAAUCUACAUGCUCCCAUUGAAAAAAAUGGGCAAGAGGCUAACGUUUAUUUGAAGAUUGUACCAGCAAGCCAGACCAAGCCUACUCUAGAGACGACCGGGCAAGGUCAUGGCCAGCUGCCUAAAGUUGCAUCAAGGUAUGAACUUCCACCAUCCCCAGUUUCAGCCUUGGAGAAACGAAAGUCUAAAGCCGAUCUGGCUCAACCAGAGAAGGAAGUUGUUGGACCAGGUCAUGGCCAAGUGGUUGCAAUCAGUUCAAAGAGCCAUGCUAAGCCUCCUGUUGUCGGCUCGGAGAAACCCGGGCACAAGGUUGAGAUUGCUCCUUCUUCCAACAUAGUUGUAGCUAAAGCUCAUGACCAAGGAACCAAGGCAACAUCAAAGCUUGAACCUGCAAAACCUCAUAUGCAAGACGAGAGGCUCAAGCCAAAGGUAGAGACAGCUUCACCAGGUAUGGGGGUUGUUGUUCCUAAAGAUGGGCCACCCCAAGAUAAAGGAGAAGAAGGGAAGAAACUGAGACAUGACAAUGUGAAUGACAAGUUCUCUGAUUAUAUCGAUCGAGUGAAGCAUAAAAUGGGAACUGCAUCAAAUGCUGGAGGUGGUGGAAGGAGUGCCUCAAGGCUAGACAGUCUGGAUGACAAGGUUUCUAAUUAUAUUAAUCGCGUGAAAAUUAAGAUUGGGAGUACAUCAACUGUAGAUGGUGGGAAGAGUGUGUCUUUUAAAUGA